GGGCGACUUUACACUGCAGCAACGGGAACUAGCGUCAGGAGCGUGGAAGGACAUUUCAUUUCCAGAAGCAAACAUGUACAGAUCUUUAUUUCGGAUUGUUCACACAGCACGAAGUCCUUCAGUCAUUCUUUAUGAGUCAGUUAAAUGUGACAAAGCUGCAGUUUUCAGGUUUGCAAAUGGAGGUGUCGGCAAAUUGCUCAGCACAAGUUCAGUCCAGCUGUGUGAAAAGAAAGACGAUGUUGUUCCCUCUGGUCUCGGUGAGAAAACAAAUGCAGACGUAAAAUCUGAACUGACAGAAAGUCCUGAUUUGGCAGUGCAGAAGGUUGUAGAUGAAGGAGUAGUUUUCACAGUGGCUGAACAAAAGCAGGACCCAGUUGAGUUAAAGACAGAGGAUGGAAGUACCACACUGCAUCAGACAGACGUUGAACCUGAACAGAAUAUGGCAAAGCCACAAAAAGACAAAACAGAUGCACCAAAAAGUGGGAAGGAGAGUCUCCUUGACCUUCUUGGUGCCAUGAAGGUAGAAGUUACCAACAAGAGGAAGGUCAAAACUUUGCAAGCACAGCAAAUUUAUGAGUCGUCGACCAAAUCCAAGCCAGCUGAUAUGGAGAGUACCACCAGUAUGUUUCAGAAGGCUGCAGAGCAGAACGUUUCGUCACAGAGCGCUGCGCUGGAUCCUGAACUGGUUUCAGCUGCGUCUGCUGCUGCGGCCACUCUGCUGAACAGCACUCAGGCCGAGUCUGAGCUGCUGAAGCAGCUGAGGCAGCAUGAGGCCAUUACUGAGGCGCAGAAGAAAGGGGACAUAAACAGCCUGGGAGUAAUUAUCGCUGACAUGAAAGUAGGAAAGAACACCAAGCGCCAGAACGCUCAGCCGGCCAAUCAGAUCCAAUUUGAUGAAGACGGGAGAGGAUACAAGGACAGAGCUGAGACAGAGGUUGCUCCUAGAAGGAACUUGUUCAAAGGGAAAAGACUUAAUAUCUUCUCUCCAGUCACGGAUGAUGAUGGAGUUGAUUCUGCAGUUGCUCGACCGACUUUAUGGGACAUGGACUUUGCAAACCAGUUAUCAAUGUCAGUCAACCAAACCCCCCGCAACGGGCUUGAGGAAAUGAUCCAGUGGACCAAAGAGGGGAAAAUGUGGCAGUAUCCAAUCAACAAUGAAGUUGGACUGGAGGAGGAAGCCAGUGUCCAUUUUCAUGAGCACGUCUUCUUAGACGAACAUCUGAAGGAGGGCUUCCCUCGUCAGGGACCAGUGCUUCACUUCAUGGAACUUGUGGUAGCCGGUCUGUCCAAAAACCCUUACCUUACUGUCCAACAGAAGAAGGAACAUAUUUCCUGGUUCAGAGACUACUUCCACCAAAAAGAGGACGUCCUUAAGGAAGCUGAUGUUUUCCUCAACUAAACUCGGGACGAUUAACCAAAAUUUCCAACAUAGAUGCGAGAGAUGUGAUUUUCUUUUCUCAUACAGUUUCAACAAAUUCUAGUAGAAAUCAUAACAUGAAGAUGGUGGAACCGUGUUAGACUGAACAUUUUAUAGUAUCUACUGUUUCUAAAAUGUUAGAUAGAACAUUGACCUUUUGAAACACUUCAGCGCUGUCUUGUCUUAUGAUGGAGAGAAAUUAUGCAGAGAGUCACAUGUUUCUGAUACAAGUGCUUACAUAAAUUAUGGAAGAAAUACAAAGCAGCUAUGAACA